GGGGCGGAGUUACUGCCCGACCACUGCAGUUGGAGGAGCCGGUGGGGCGGGCUCUGCGGAAACCGGAAAUAUCUGGUGACGGGCACUAGGAGCAGUUCCGAUGACUGUUCACAACCUGUACCUGUUUGACCGGAAUGGAGUGUGCCUUCAUUACAGCGAGUGGCACCGCAAGAAGCAAGCGGGGAUCCCCAAAGAGGAGGAAUACAAGCUGAUGUACGGGAUGCUCUUCUCUAUCCGCUCCUUUGUCAGCAAGAUGUCCCCGCUAGACAUGAAGGAUGGCUUCCUGGCCUUCCAAACUAGCCGUUACAAACUCCAUUACUACGAGACGCCCACUGGGAUCAAGGUUGUCAUGAAUACUGACUUGGGCGUCGGACCCAUCCGGGAUGUGCUGCAUCAUAUCUACAGUGCGCUGUAUGUGGAGCUGGUGGUGAAGAAUCCCCUGUGCCCGCUGGGCCAAACUGUGCAAAGUGAGCUCUUCCGCUCCCGGCUGGACUCCUACGUCCGCUCUCUGCCUUUCUUCUCUGCCCGGGCUGGCUGAAGGAAGCACCCUACCUCACCCCUCAGGAGAAUCCCUGUCUGCCUGGGGCCCUUCCUAACCUGUUUCAUAUGAAGGCCCCCACUGCAUGCCCCUCUUAUGCCCUCCAGUUCCCCAGCAGCCCUCCCAGGGCAACAGCCUAAAACCCACCCUGGUGUCCUCCCUGUCAGAGGAAGGAAGCCUCCAGGAAUCCCUACGCCUCCAAAUCAGGCCCUCUCCAGUUUUAUCCCCUACCUGAUGCUGCAAAAAUACAGAAUAAACUUUUUAUCGCCCUCUGCA